UUUCUUUCAACUAAAAAAAUGUCUUGGGUGGAUCGAUUAAACGAUUAUGUUGCUCACUCCCGAGCAGGAAAGUACUUUCAAUUAGAAAAUUCCGGUCAUCGUAGAGAGCGUAAGGGUACAAAGUUUUCUACAGAACUUCGUGCCGGUCUCACUAUUUUUUUUGCCAUGGCCUACAUUAUUUCUGUAAAUGCCUCUAUUAUUUCAGAGAGUGGUGGUCCUUGUGUCUGUAAUGGCACACCUACUGAUCCUACUUGUGACUUAGACGCCGAAUACAUGGCAUGCGUCUAUGAAGUUAAACUUGACAUGAUUAUGGCUACUUCCAUUUGUGCAAUGAUCUCUUCUAUCUUAAUUGGUGUCUUUGCUAACCUUCCUCUUGGUAUGGCCCCAGGUAUGGGUUUGAAUGCUUAUUUUACGUACACUAUUGUUGGUUAUCAUGGUUCAGGUCAAGUCUCUUAUGAAACCGCCUUGGCUGCUGUAUUUAUGGAAGGUGUCAUCUUUUUCAUCUUGUCCAUGUUUGGUAUUCGUCAAUGGCUUGCUCGUGUGAUUCCUAUGAGUAUUAAAGUUGCAAUGGGUUGUGGUAUCGGUCUUUACCUUUGCUUCAUUGGGCUUCAAUCUUCUGCCGGUAUUGGUUUAGUUCGAUUGGAUUAUUCGACGCUAGUCACAUUAGGUGGCUGUCCAACGGAAGCUUUGGAUGAACAUGGCAACUGUCUCUAUGGCCAUAUGACCUCUCCCACCGUUUAUAUGGGUCUUUUGGGUUUGAUGGUCAUGUCACUUUUGCUUAUGUUCCGUGUUCGUGGUGCAAUUUUAAUUGCUAUUAUUGCUAUAGCUAUUACUUCUUGGCCUCGUAAUAGCCCAAUCACCUAUUUCCCUCAUACCGCCACUGGUGAUAAUAUGUUUGACUAUUUCAAAAAAGUGGUGACAGUGCAUAAAAUGCAACAUGUACUUGGAAGAUUUAAUUUCGACUUUAGUACAAAAGAAAUCUGGAUCGCACUCAUCACCUUUCUGUAUGUCGACAUUUUAGAUACCACAGGUACAAUGUAUUCAAUGGCACGUUAUGGUGGAUUUACUGAUAAGGCUGGUGAUUUUGAACACUCCACCAAGGCUUUUUUGGCUGAUGCCUGUUGUGUUUCGAUCGGCUCUUGUUUCGGUAGUUCCUCUUGUACUGCAUUUGUUGAAUCGGGUGCAGGUAUCGCAGAAGGUGGAAGAACAGGUAUUACGGCUAUCACUGUUGCAUUUGGUUUCUUCCUCUCCAUUUUCUUCUCUCCCAUUUUUGCAAGUUUCCCUCCUUGGGCAACAGGUCCUGCAUUGAUUAUUGUUGGCUCUAUGAUGACUUCAAGUGUACGUAAUAUCAAUUGGGAUUAUCCUGGUGAUGCUAUUCCUUCCUUCAUCACUAUGGCUGUGAUGCCAUUCACUUAUUCUAUCGCCUAUGGUGUUAUCGGUGGUAUUUUUGCCUACAUUAUCAUUAAUGGAGUGGUUUUGAUUAUCGAUAAAGCUUCUGGUGGACGUAUCCAUCCUGAUUACUCUCAACGUGAAGACUGGUGGACAGCUGUCAUGGGUCGCUCUUUCUUACCCUUGUGGAUUCGUUUCUUAAUUGCAAAAUCACGUGGUCAAGAAUUUGACUGGCAUCAAGAUGAAUUUGAUGAUGACCCCGUUGACGAAGCUGAGCGUUAUACCUCCGAUGAUCAUAGCCAUACUGUCGUAUCAGAUAUUCAUGAAACUCCAUCGACUACUGGUAUAGAGGAUCUCCGUAGAAAUGAAAAACAUUAGAAUUUGUAACUAUUCCCUCCCCCUUCCCUCCUCUCAUCUGUAUAUCAACUCAAUAUUUUUUUUUUUUUUUUUUUUUUUGAAAAUUAAUCCCCGGGGACUUGCAUUAAAAAUUAAAUAAAAUCUUUUCCUUUUUUUUUUCCUUUUA